AAAAAAAAAAAAAUCACCAAAAAAAUGUUCACGUGAUUAAAUUGAAAAUUUGGAAAACAGACCAUUUAGCAUUGAAUUAAUUAUUCAAAGGCCGUUACUAUUGUAUGAAUUGAAUUAGAUCUAUAGAACUCAUUUCUUCAAUUAUUAUGUUUGCAUUAAGAUCUCUAGCUGGAAACGUUAUAAAACGUCAAGUUGGUGUGAAAAAUGUCAAUAGUGUGAUUGCAUCCACCAGAUCAUAUGCUAGUGCAACAAGACGAAGACCAGGUGGAGGUCCUAAAAUUCGUUACCUUUUCUAUAUGCUUGGUUUAUCAUAUGCUGCAUUAUACUAUGCUGGAGGGAAAGUGAGUAAUAAGAAGAAUAAGGAUUCAUUCUCUGAACGUGAGUUUGAAGAAUAUGAAAAGGAGACUCGUUUAAAGAGACGUCAUAAAUUAAUAAAAGAUUCAAGAUAUACCUUCUAUGUUAUCCCAUUCAUUGAAGAUUCAAAGAUACUUAAACAAUUGGAAGAUAAUUUACAAAAGAGUGACCCUGAAAAGCUUGUUAAAAUUAUAGAUGCCGAAGAUUUGAUCGCUAAAGAGAAACAAGAUGAAUCCAAGAAAUAUACUUAUCUUCUUCAAGAUUUAGAUGCCACUGGUAGAGAAUAUCCUAAAGGUUUAAUCACUUCAAUCAUCAAGGAAGAGAUCGAGUUGUAUUUAAAUACUAGAAAUGGAACAUUUGAAACCAAUUUCAUCAUUAGAAAUUAUCCUCAAUCCACUGAUGAAGCUAUUAAGUUUGAAAACGAUGUUUCUGAUAUAUCAAAAUGUUUGAUAUUGGAUGGAGUUUCAACUACAAGUCUUUCCGAAGAUCAAAUUAGAGCAAUCGAUAAUGUUAAUGGAUAUUUUGAAACAGUAGGUAAAAGUAAAUCAUUAACUAAAAAGAACAUUAAAGAUGCAUUCAAGGAUUAAUUCAUAUAUAUAUAAUUUUACACAUACUCUCUUGUACAUAACUUAUUUACUAAUACAUG